UCAGCUGGUCGAGCAGCGAGGUUCCUCAGUGGCUUGCGAAAACUCGCGUGCGAUAGACUAGAUGCGUUACGCGCAAAAUGUAACGAUAAAUUUCGAAUUUUAAAAACAAACGAACUGUCAGAUUUGACGUUAUAUUUAAAUUAUUUGACAACUAGACAUUGUUGUUUGUUGGUUGCUUUUUAUGUGAAUAAAGUGAUGUUUUGUGUGUUGUGAGGUGUUUGAUUUUGAAAAUGUUGUGGUGAAUCGGGCGAUGCUUGUUGGUGAGCAGUCGCCGGCGCCGCGAGUGGUCGCCGGCUUGCGAAAACUGCGCCCUGAGCUCACACCCGGACCAUUUCCGACGCCCGCUGACCCUGACUUCAGGAUAUCAGGCGUUCUCCGGCAAUAUUACAAUGAGGAUGAGGGUUCGUGGGCGUGGGUGCGUGCGGCGGUGCGCGGAGGCUGCCUCCUUGCGUGGCGAGAGGGAACAUUGCCCCGUCGGCCUGCGGCUCGACUGCCCCUCCGACAUCUACACCUGCGUGCUGGGGUUCUGCCCAACGCCUUCCAACUAUCUAGACUGCGCGAUGACGCUCCCGUCGCUACGUUUCAGGCUUGUAACGAGACGGAAUAUGCGCGCUGGGUCCGAGCGCUGUGCGUCGAGAUCCUCGGCCAGACUCCGCUGCCGCAGGUGCGCUUCCUGGCUCCGCCGACGCGCUCCGUCAGCGAUCUGCGGCAAUUCUUCGAGGCUGUGGCGCGCGGCUCCGCCUCUUGCGCAGUGCACCACAACCCCCCCAAUCCUAUUCAUCGCGGCUUCACCUCGCUAACUUGUGCGUAG